AAACUUUCAAGAAAUUAAAGGCCGAAAACACACAAAAUAUGUCUCAGGAAUUAGAACAAAGCUGCAACAAACAACAAAGGUGGUCUCUCCAAGGCAUGUCAGCUCUAGUCACUGGUGGUACAAUUGGGUACGCUAUAGUUGAGGAGCUUGCCGGUUUUGGAGCGAGUAUUUAUACAUGUUCGAGAAAUCAAGUCGAGCUUAGUGAAAGGCUUAAAGAAUGGGAAGAAAAAGGGUUCAAAGUAAAAGGUUGUGUUUGUGACUUGGCUUCAAGAACACAAAGAGAGGAGCUUAUGAAAAAUGUGGCCAUGGCUUUUGAUGGAAAGCUCAAUAUUCUUGUGAACAAUGCCGGGAUGACUAUAAUGAAGCACGCAUCAGAUUACACGACGGAUGAUUUUGGUCGUAUAAUGACAACAAAUUUGGAGGCACCUUAUCAUAUUUCUCAAUUGGGAUAUCCUUUGCUGAAAGCUUCUAAAUCGGGAAAUAUCGUGUUCGUGUCUUCUGUUGCUGGCUCCAUUGCCCUUCCUGCUCUCUCUGCUUAUGCUGCAUCUAAAGGUGCAAUAAAUCAACUGACAAAAAAUUUAGCUUGCGAAUGGGGGAAAGACAAUAUUAGAACAAACACUGUAGCUCCAUUCGGGGUCAGAACCGAUAUUAUGAAACAUGAGGUUCUGGACCCAUCGAUCCUGAAGUUCUUCGGACCAUUAACGGGCCGGACCCAACUGGGCCGGAUUGCGGAGCCCAAUGAAGUGUCGUCGCUGGUCGCAUUUCUUUGCUUGCCGGCAGCUUCUUACAUCACUGGACAGAUUAUUCAUGUUGAUGGAGGCUUUACAGCAGGAGGUUUCUAGACAGUAUUUUUAAUGUUUAGUUCUUUGGCUAAAUUUUAAUCUCAAUUUGGACCAGAUUUCAGUUAUGUUUAGCUCAUUGGCAUCAUACGCAUCUUGUUGCUAAAAUAUUUUUAUGAACAAAAUGGUGAUUUUGACCAUAUUAAACUAAAAUUAAUGAAAUUUAU